GUUUUUGCUUAGUCGUCGUGAUAGUGUCGUAUCGAAUUGUUUUGUUGAAAUAUAACAAAAAUAAAAUGUUUAUUAAUACCGGCAAAGUUUCUUUGCUGUAUGCAGCUCGUCUACCUGGCAGUGGGGUGCAAUGUUUUAAGAAAUGUGCAGCCAUUCAACCUUUUCACACAACUGCCGCCGGCCAGAACUAUGUAGACCCUGCUCCCUUGCCGUUGCCCAUCAAUGUGGAUGCCGCAGAGACCACACGCUUCUCGCCCCAACGUUCACGUGAUAUUUCGGCCACCGUGAUAAUGGCACAGGCACCUAUCUCGACCAUUGACAUUACCACGGAUAAUAGUUAUAGCGGCUCACAGGGUGCCACAGUUGGCUUAUCCCCGGAUGAUCCUCAUGUCCAAUCGUACGAUUGCUUCGGUGCUGUCAGCUUGAAUUCGGUGAUGCAGAGCAAUGUCCCUCAGCCAUUUGGAGGCAUGCAUAAGUUCUCGCAUUUAAAUAUGCCCGGUGGUCAAUGGUCCCAGGAAUUCAAGUUUACAUCACAGAAUAUGCAGAGCUCACAUUAUCGUGCCUUGCGUGACAAUUACCGCGCCGAUUGGGUGACAUACGAUCAGAAUGCCACCUUGAAUUCUGGAGGAGGAGGUCAAGGCUUUUCCAUACGUCGCAACUUUAGCACAGAGCGCGGGGCAACAUCGCCUACUACAGCCCCAUCAGCAGCAGAAGCACCAGGCACAGCCACCUCAGCCAUAAGAACGGAAGCAUCCACAACGCCAGAGAGCCAGAGUUUGAGUAAAAAGGAGCAACUGAAGCGUGCCUUUAAAGAGUAUGGUGCCACCAUUGUAGUUUUCCAUGUGGGCUUGUCAUUAAUGUCGCUGGGUGGUUUCUAUGUACUAGUAAACAGCGGCAUAAAUUUCGUGCCCAUUUUGGAAUACCUUGGCAUUGAGUCAUCGGCCAUUGGAGAGAAAUUGGCCACUGGCAGUACAUUCGUUGUGGCCUAUGCUGUCCACAAAGUGUUUGCUCCCCUUCGAAUAAGCAUUACCCUCGGAGCAACUCCAUUUAUUGUGCGAUAUCUGCGUGCCAAGGGAUUCAUGAAGCCAAAGAUUAAGGGCAACUAAAUUAAUCACCUAUCAAUAAUUUACGACAAUACAUAUUAUUAUAUUAUUCA